AAGUUGAAUUACUGAAGAGGCACAUGAAACAACAUUCAGUUCAAAAUUAUUCAUGUGAUGAUUGUCCUAAAACAUUUAAUAAAUUAGAAAAGUUGACUGAGCAUAAAAAAUGGCAUACUGGUGAAAGAUCUUACUUAUGCAGCAAAUGUGGAAAAGGAUAUUAUAAGCAACCACAUUUGGAUAAACAUAUGCUUACACAUCUAAAGGAUCAUUUGGAAAAACCAAAACAUACAGGAGAAAAGCCAUUUGUGUGCAGUGUUUGUAACAGAGGAUUUGCACGAUCUGAUAAGUUAGCUAUACAUAUGAGGACACAUACAGGUGAAAAGCCCUACGCUUGUAUGGUUUGUGGUAGAGCAUUUGCCCAAAGAAAUGAUUUAGCAUCUCAUAAACGGAGAAUAUGUGUGGACAGAGUCCUGCUGCCAACCAAAAUGUGA